CUUCCCUUGCUUGCAGCUGCCUCCUGUUUCAGCCCUACGUUCCAGGAGCUGCCAGAGGCUCGUGGGUCCCGGAACGCAUCCCACCGCUGAGGCUGCCGCUGUGGCAUGGGCGCCACGGGCCUGCUCUGGGUUUUCUUGGCUCUCCUCACGCCUAGGGUCCUCGGGAUUUUUUGUGACCCUCCUCCUGCAAUCAAAAAUGGUCAGAGUAGUUAUGUUUCUGGCCCUGUACCUAUUAAUACUUUCGUGAGGUACACUUGUUCACUUAACUACCGCCUCAUUGGAGAAAAAAGCAUUUUUUGUAUUACUAAAGACCAAGUGAAAGGAAUCUGGAAUAGAGAUGCUCCUAUAUGUGAAAAUUUCAACAGGGGGUCUUUUUGCCGUGAGCCCACAGUACCAGGGGGACACAAAAGUAAAAUAUCUAGGCCACCAUACAGACAUGGUGAUUCUGUGACAUUUGCCUGUAACACCAACUUCACCAUGAAAGGAAACAAGACCGUUUGGUGCCGAGCAAAUAGAACAUGGGGACCAACACCACUACCAAUCUGUGAGAGGGAUUUCCCCCUGGAGUGUCCACCUCUUCCCAUGAUCCCCAAUGGAAAUCACACAGGAAACAGCGUUGGCCCCUUUGUCCCUGGAUCAUCUGUGAAUUACCACUGUGAACCUGGUUACUUGCUUGUUGGAGAAAAAACCAUUCGUUGUUUGUCUUCAGGAGACUGGAGUGCUGUCAUUCCAAAAUGUGAAGAGGCACAGUGUGAACCUCCAGGAUCACUACCUAACGGGAAGGUAAAGGAUCCUCCAAGUCUUCGGGUUAAUGUAACUGUGAGCUUUUCCUGUAAUGAAGGGUAUAGAUUAGAAGGCCCAACUUUUAGUCGGUGUGUAAUUGCUGGACAGAGACCUUUAUGGACAAGGAUGCCAGUGUGUAAAGAAAUCCGUUGCCCACCACCUCCUUCUAUUCUUAAUGGAAGACAUACAGGCAACCCUUCAAUGAACGUUCCCUAUGGAAGCACAGUCACUUACACCUGUGACCCAGGCCCAGAGAAAGGAGUGGACUUCAUCCUGACUGGGGAGACCACGAUCCGUUGUACCAGUGAUAGUCAGAAGACUGGGACCUGGAGUGGCCCUGCCCCACACUGCAAACUUUCUGUUUCUGGGAUUCAGUGUCCACCUCCCCAAAUCCUUAGAGGCCAAAUACUGUCUGGGCAGAAAGAUCAAUAUUCAUAUAACAACACUGUGGUAUUUGCUUGCUUAUUUGGCUUCACCUUGAAAGGUAGGAAGGAAAUACGAUGUAAUAGCCAAGGCAUCUGGGAGCCAUCCCCACCAGUCUGUGAAAAGGAGUGCCAAGCUCCUCCUCAAAUCCUCAAUGGGCACAAGGAAGAUGGACACAGAAUCCGCUUUGAACCUGGAACAUCUAUAAAAUACAGAUGUGACCCUGGCUAUGUGCUGGUGGGAGACGAAUCCAUACAUUGUACCUCUGUGGGGGUGUGGACACCCACUGCCCCCAAGUGCAAAGUGGCAGAGUGUGAACCUAUAGGAAAGCAUCUCUAUAGAAAACCCCAGACUCAAUUUAUUAGACCAGAUGUUAACUCUUCUUGUGAUGAAGGGUACCGGUUAGGUGAGAGUGUUUAUCAGCUGUGUCAAGGCACGAUUCCUUGGUUUAUGGAGAUUCGUCUUUGUAAAGAAAUCACCUGUCCACCACCCCCUGUUAUCUACAAUGGGACACACACAGGCAGUUCCUCAGAAGACAUGCUGUAUGGAACCACAGUCACUUAUACGUGUAACCCUGGGACUGAGGAAGGAGUGGAAUUCAGCCUGAUUGGGGAAAGCACCAUCCACUGUACAAGCAACAAUGAAGAGAGAGGCAUCUGGAGUGGCCCUGCUCCUUUGUGUAAACUUUCCCUCCCUGCUGUUUGGUGCUCAUAUGCCAAUGUAACAAAUGGACACAAGAUAUCUGACAAGGAAGCUCCAUAUUUCUACAAUGACAGUGUGAUAUUCGAGUGUGAUGAUGGAUUUACUUUGAAGGGCAGCAGUCAGAUUCGUUGCAAAGCUAAUAACACCUGGGAUCCUGAAAUACCCAUGUGUGAAAAAGACUGCCAGCCACCUUCUGGGCUCCUCCAUGGUCAGCACACAGGUGGAAACAGGGUCCUCUUUGUCUCUGGGAUGACUGUAGACUACACCUGUGACCCUGGCUACUUGCUUGUGGGCAACAAAUCCAUUCACUGUAUGCCUUCAGGAAAUUGGAGUCCUUCUGCCCCUCGGUGUGAAGAGGCACCAUGUCAGCCUGUGGGAGAAGAUGUUCAAGAGCUUCCAGGUGAUCCCCAUGUGAUUCCAGUUAAUACAUCCUGUCGUGAUGGGUACCAGCUGACUGGACACACUUACCGGAAGUGUCAGGAUGCUGAGAAUGGGGUUUGGUUCCAAAAAAUUCCACGCUGUAAAGCUAUUCACUGCCCGCCUCCACCAGUGACUGACAAUGGGAGGCACACUGGUGUGAUGGCAGAACACUUUCUGUAUGGAACUGAAAUCUCUUAUGAAUGUGACCAAGGAUUCUCUCUUCUGGGAGAGAAAACUGUACGAUGCAUAAGUGAUUCUAAAGGACAUGGAUCUUGGAGUAGACCACCCCCACAGUGCUUAAAACCUCCUCCUGUGACCCAUUGCUCUAACCCAGAAGUCAAACAUGGAUACAAGCUUAAUAAAACUCGUUCAUCAUAUUCCCACAAUGACAUUGUAUAUGUUGCCUGCAACCCUGGCUUCAUCAUGAAUGGCAGUGAGUUGAUUAGGUGUCAUACCAAUAACAAAUGGGUGCCAGGUGUACCAACUUGUAUCAAAAUAGCCCUCAUAGGAUGUCAACCUCCAUUUAAGAUCCCCAAUGGGAAUCAUACUGGUGGAGAUAUAGCUCGAUUUUCUGCUGGAAUGUCAGUCCUGUACAGCUGUGAUGAAGGCUACCAGCUGGUGGGAGACGCGCUCCUUUAUUGCACACGUGAGGGAACCUGGAGUCACCCUGCCCCUUCUUGUAAAGAGGUAAACUGUAGCUUCCCAGAGUAUAUGAAUGGAAUGCAGAAGGGGCUGGAGUCUGGGAAAAAGUAUCAGUAUGGUGCAGUUGUCACUUUGGAGUGUGAAGAAGGGUAUACCCUUGAAGGCAGCCCCCAGAGCCAGUGCCAGGAGGAUCAUGGAUGGAACCCUCCCCUGGCUGUUUGCAGAUCACAAGGCUCACUUGUUCCUCUUCUUUGUGGUCUUUCUGCAGGUUUUCUGAUUCUCAUCUGCUUGAUUGCUGUUGUCUUACACAUGAUAUUAAAAUACAGAGUACACAAUUAUUAUACAAAUAAAAGCCCUACAAAAGAAGAUCUUCAUUUAGAAACACGAGAAGUCUAUUCUAUUGAUCCAUACAACCCAGCAAGCUAAUCAGAAGACAAACUGUGUGCCUUCUUGCUUGGAAUCCAACUGAAUGUGGAUUGGAAAGAAUCAGCAAGUAUGAGUUCAAUAUGAAUGAAAUGAUUUCAUAAGCUAUUUCUUCCUAUUUGCACUUACUUUGAAGCAAAACAAAGGGAGUUUGCUUGAUGGCAAAGAUGGGAGCCCAGUUUCUCUGCCACCUGCUCUUUAUGGUGUUUUUGAAGCCUCAUGUGUGAUGUGCCUGGAGCCAGGCUGUUCCUGGAAUCAGUUACGUAGCUCUGAAAGUGUCACCAUUGUAAGGAA